AUGUCUGCCAAUACCGGGAUUGAAAAUUUUGAAGUCCGUGGAGAUAUCCCGCAAGCUCGAUUUGGUAAAUCCUAAUCAGGUCAUACAAUUACUUUAAUCACUAAAUCUAAAGCAAUCUUAUUUGGAGGUGCAACUGGAGAUACAGGAAAAUAUUCCAUCACUGGCGAUACUUAUUGCCUAGAUCUCGCCACACGAGUUUGGACCAAGCUAGAUCCAAGCGGCUCAGCUCCUUCUCCGCGCGCUGCUCAUGCUUCCUCAAUGGUGGAGAACAUGCAGCUUGUGGUCUACGGGGGUGCAACAGGCGGCGGAAGUCUUGCAAGCGACGAUUUGUAUCUACUCGAUCUUCGAAAUGGCGAGUCUGCGGCAAGCUGGAUGAUAGUCCCAGUCAUAGGAACUACCCCAGGGCGGCGAUACGGCCACACUUUACUAUUCUCCAAGCCUCAUUUACUUGUAUUUGCAGGGAAUACCGGCUCAGAAACAGUAAAUGACGUAUGGUGCCUCAAUGUCGAGCGGUCUCCUUUCUCAUGGUCAAAAAUUGAGGUAAGUGGUGACCAACCGCCUACCAGGGUUUACCACUCUGCUGCUUUAUGCUCGACUGGUUCUGCAUCAGGGAUGAUGGUUACCUUUGGAGGUAGGACAGGUGACCAAAGUGCAUUAAAUGACUCUUGGGGCCUUCGGCGUCAUCGUGACGGGCGUUGGGACUGGGUCCGCGCUCCUUACAAGCCAGGCGGAAUUCUUCCAACCCCAAGGUACCAGCACACCUCAAUAUUUUUGGACUCAGCUAUGAUUGUAAUUGGAGGGAGGACAAAUACAGUGGGUGAGAGCGUUCCUCUCGAAGUAUACGAUACUGAUAGUUCUGAAUGGUAUCGCUUCCCUUCAAUACUGAGAUUCAGACAUUCUUGCAUAAGCCUAGACGCUUUAUUGUACAUCCACGGCGGUUUUGAGCAUGACACUCCAAAUAUCCCUACCUCAGUGAUUACAAAAGUGGACACUUUGAAGCUUUUUAAUGGGCAUGAUAACUUGGUCCCAAGGAAUUUGGAAAGAAAUUCACCAAAGCCUCAAGAGCCAAGACCUCUGCCACCUGCACCUGUUGACACUGAACAAGCGAAGACGAGGACGGGGUCAAUUCCGAUAGUGACUAACAAUGCAGAGCGUGGAAACCCUUUGCAUAAUAUAUUUAUCAAUCAUUUACUAAGGCCAAGCGAGUGAAAUACACCUGCUAAUGCAAGAUUUAGCUUUAGAAGGGAGCAUAUUUUGGCCUUGGCUGAAGAGUGUGAAAAUAUUAUCAAAAAUCAGCCUAUGGUGCUUAGACUGAGAGCGCCCAUAAAAGUCUUCGGAGAUGUGCAUGGGCAAUACGCAGAUUUGAUGAGAUUUUUUGACUUGUAUGGAUGUCCUUCUGAGAAGAAAAAAGAUGGCGGCGAUUUAGACGGCUUUGAUUAUUUAUUUAUUGGAGAUUUUGUUGAUAGAGGCUCACAUUCGUUAGAAACUAUAUGUCUGUUGAUGGCACUUAAAUGCAAAAACCCUGACCAAAUUCAUAUGAUAAGAGGAAAUCACGAAGACAAAUGGAUAAAUAACGCCUUUGGCUUUGCUGACGAGUGCCAAAUCCGUAUAGGAGAAGACCCAAAUGACCCUAAAAGCAUAUUCGCUAGAAUAAACAGGCUUUUUGAGUACUUGCCUUUAGCUGCAGUCAUAGAAGAUAAAGUUAUUUGCUUGCAUGGCGGAAUUGGAAGCACUCUACGAACCAUCGACCAAAUAGAAAACUUGCCAAGGCCACUAGAAGUUGUCCAUGAGGUCACCAACGAGCAGCAACAAUUAGUUGUAGACAUCCUCUGAAGCGACCCUACAGACUCAGACCAAGAACUCGGUAUCCAAGCUAACGUCAUCAGAGACCCUAACGGCACUGGAAAUAUUGUAAAAUUCGGCCCUGAUAUCGUCAAGGAGUUUUUAAGCAACAAUGGCCUGUCAAAAAUUAUUAGAGCUCAUGAGUGCGUCAUGGAUGGGUUCGAAAGGUUUGCCGGAGGCGAUUUGAUCACAGUCUUUUCAGCGACUGACUAUUGUGGAAGGCAUAAAAACGCAGGCGCUGUGUUAUUUUUCAAAAAGAAUUUUGAAAUUAAGCCGAAAUUAAUUUACCCUGUAGAUAAUCCAUAUGGAUCAAACUGGAUUGAAAGUGAAGACGCACUGAGAAAGAGACCACCAACACCUCCUAGGUGGAGAAAUAAUGAGCCAAGAAGAGUUUCUUAUGACUAA